CAUUUUACCCUCCCUUUCAUCUCGUGUGACCAUAUGUAAUGAUUUGACUUUUUAUUAAUUUGAUUCUCCUUCAUUUUCACUGGCAAUAACACACGACUGUCCGGAGGACCGUCGUGGCAAUGGCGGCAGUCAGCGAGGAAGCAAUCCAGUCCAUCUCUUCCAGCUUCGAUCAGAUCUGUGUUGAUUUUACUAACGCGAUUGCUGAGAUUCAAACCUUGAAAUCUAACUACAACGCCGAAGUGCAGAAGAGAGAUGCUAUCCAGUUAACAUUAAAAAACCUUCAAUCUGAAAAUGAGCGGCUGAGAAAGAUUUAUGCUGAGUCAUUUAACAAAUUGGCAGACCAGGUUCAAUUUUUUAAACAAGUCUUACAAAUUUUAUAAAAUUCAAUUAUGCUAAGAAUCUAACUUGUUUUGGUGCAGUUAGUAAGUUUCCUUAAUAAGUUAUACUCUAAGCUUAUUCUCUUGCACAGUUAAAGAUUAGAAUUUUCUUUUCUUUUCUUUCUUUCCAGUUUAUGUAAAUACCUUGGAUAUUUUUUGCACACUUGUGGUUUCCUUUUUUCUUGUUUCGAAGUAUUGGAUGUGUAUUUAUUUUCGCUCGUCAAAGUAAAAAAAUCUUUGCUUAGGCUAGAUAUAGUUAAAAUCUUGUUUUCCCAUAUGGAGUUUCAUAGAUAUGAAAGAGGGAUUUCUAGAAUGGUAAAAACACUCCCAACUAGUCCACCAUCAUCACCACAAUCCCAACUAGUUGGGGCUGGUUGUAUUAGGGCCUAUUUGGUUU